ACCAUAGGAAAUGUCGGGUCUAGCCUCCAUCCUGUCCUCCUACCUCCCCUGCUGCGUCUCCAACCACCUCUACAUCAUCUCCCUCUCACUACUAAUCUGGAAACUAGCCCACCUUGACCACGACCUAUCUGUAUUAUGGGCCACUCUAACCUACCCUUCUUGGAGACUACAACGGUAUUUCUCUGGUAAAGUUAUCUGGAUAACUGGUGCCUCCUCCGGUUUGGGGAGAGCACUAGCUCUGCAGCUCUCAAACUAUCCCUGUAAGAUAGUGUUGUCAGCUAGACGGGCUGCUGAGCUGACUAAAGUUAAAGCCGAGUGUGAAGAUAAUGGAGCAGACCCUGAGAGCGUCAUGGUGUUGCCGAUGGAUUCUCUGGAAUUUGGCAAGUUGCCAGGUUUGGUGAGUGAAGUGUUGGAGAGGUUUGGUACGAUUGAUAUCCUGGUUAACAAUGCAGGCAGGUCCCAGCGCUCCUUAGCAGAAGAUACAGAACUAGCUGUAGAUAAAGGUAUCAUGGAGCUCAACUAUUUCGGGUAUGUAGCUCACACUAAAGCAGUGUUACCCACCAUGAUCGCUAAUAAAACUGGGACUGUAGUGGCGCUCAGUAGUUUAACAGGUAAAAUGGGAACACCCUGUAGUACAGCGUACGCCGCUAGUAAACACGCCGUCAUGGGCUUCUUCUCCUCGCUGAGAAUGGAGCUGUACUCGCACGGAAUAAACGUGUGCACAGUGUGUCCGGGACCAGUGAGGAGCAAUAUCUCCUUACACUCCUUCACGGAGGAUGUGACGAAGGAGUAUAACCAGGAUGUCCAGGAUGUAGGGAGGAAGCAGGAGACAGACAGGUUCGCGUAUCUGAUGUCUGUAGCGCUGGCGGCACGUGUUCCUGAGAGUUGGAUUAGUAUUCAGCCUUAUCUUUUGUUGACUUAUAUUGCACAGUAUUUACCCUCGGUUUAUCAAUCUUUUCUCUUUUCAAGAGGUGCACAAAAGAGGAUCAAGAAGUUUAAGAAUAAAGAGUGUCUUUACUAAAAUGUUGUUAAAUCUUCAUAUUUUCUUCGAUCUUGAUGUAACUUUAGAAAUUUGAUCGUGUUUAAUCUUUUUUUAGUUUAUCCCAGAGUUUUGUUAAAUUAGAUUUUGUGUGUUUUUAUCUAAAUAAUAUAUUUCUAUUGAAUUGAUUAUUGACUCUCUAUUAUCGUACUACGAAUUCUGUCACAUUAAAACAGUAACUUGAUACUCCAACCGCGCCCCAACCUUGUCUUGGAUAAUAUGACGAUAGUGACGAGUUUUGUGUAAUGUUACUCCUUCGCGUGAGUUUUUCUUACAUUGAAAUAAUUGAAUAGUCGAUGUAUAUAAUUGUGUUAUUCGACCUUAACAAGUUUAAACGGUGACCUUUGUUAUCAAUUUGUUAUAUAUCUGGGGCUCUUUUAUUUUGUUGGUUGAACUAUAUUGUAAUGUGUUGAGGGUAUUUGAACUUAAUAAUAUCAGAUAA